AUGAAGCAAAGAUAUUCUUCACUGGACGUCCAGCGCAUAUACCUUUUUAAGCUUCAGAAACCCGACGUCCGCAAGCAGAUCGUCAUCGACUCUGGGUUUCGCUGCCACCUCACAGAAUAUACCCGUGCAACAGCUCCUGCGCCAUCGCACUUCGUCAGCCGUCUCCGACAAUUCCUUAAAUCCCGUCGCGUCACAGCUGUUUCUCAGGUCGGCACCGAUAGGAUUAUUCACAUCGAAUUUAGCGAUGGACAGUUCCACUUGUUGCUGGAAUUCUUCGCCUCGGGAAACAUCAUCUUGACAGACAACGAGUUUAAGAUUGUGUCGCUUCUGAGGAUUGUGCCAGAGGGUGAAGAACAAGAUGAAAUCCGGAUUGGGUUGAUAUACAGACUGGAUAACAAGCAGAAUUACGGCGGGGUACCUCCGCUAUCCGUGGACAGAUUGAGGACUGCAUUGGAAAGGGGGAAAGAAAGAGAUGCUUCCCAGCCAGAGGCCACAACUAAAAGAGCCAAAAAGAAGCAGGAUGAAGCCCUGAGAAGAGCAUUGUCUCUUGGUUUCCCGGAAUACCCGCCAUUGCUCUUGGAGCAUGCUCUUCAUGUCACCGGCUUCGAUUCCACUUUGCGGCCCAACCAGAUACUGGAAGCGAGUGACAUGAUUGAUGAGUUAAUGCAUGUACUGGAGGAAGCGCAAAGAGUUUCAGGGGAGUUAUCAACAGCUGAGCAGACACGGGGAUAUAUCAUCACACGAAAUGAAAAUAAACCGUCGGAACCCCCUACCCAAGGUACAGAGACAAAGCCAGACAAAUCAAGCUACAUUGACUACCAUCCCUUUGAGCCCAAGCAGUUUGCCGAUAACCCGGACACUCGUAUACUGCCACUUGAGAGUUUUAACAAAGCUGUGGAUGAAUAUUAUUCGUCCGUGGAGGCACAAAAACUAGAGUCUCGGCUCACGGAUCGAGAAGAGACGAUGAAACGAAAACUAGAAGCUACGAAACGGGACCAUGAGAAAAGAGUUGGAGCUUUGAAAGAGGUUCAGCAGUUGAAUGUCCGAAAAGCUCAAGCCAUCGAGGCGAAUUUGUCCAAAGUGGAGGAGGCAAUCAAUGCUGCCAAUAGCCUGAUUGCGCAGGGUAUGGACUGGGUCGAGAUCGCCCGCCUCAUUGAAAUGGAACAAAGCAGACGAAACCCGAUUGCCAAGAUGAUAAAGCUCCCUUUGAAGCUGUACGAAAAUACGAUUACAAUCCUACUGCCGGAUGGAAUGCCUGUUGAUGACGAGUCAGAGUCAGAGUCAGAAGAUGAAGACGAGGAAGAUGAAAGCGGCGACGAGCCUGAAAAGAAAUCUCGAGAGCCUGAAGUUCUCAGUAUUGAUAUUGACUUGGCUCUAACCCCGUGGGCCAAUGCAAGCCAGUAUUAUGACCAGAAGAAAACAGCUGCAAUGAAAGAGGACAAGACCAUUAAAGCCUCUAAAAAGGCCCUCAAAAGUGCCGAGAAGAAAGUCACUGCUGAUCUCAAGCAAGGCCUGAAGCAGGAAAAACCGGUAUUAAGGCCUGCAAGAACACCAUUCUGGUUUGAGAAGUUCUUCUUCUUCAUAUCUUCAGAUGGUUAUUUGGUCCUUGGUGGUCAAGAUGCUCGCCAGGAUGAGAUUCUAUACCACCGGCACCUCCAAAAAGGGGAUGUGUACGUUCAUACAGAUACAGAGGGUGCAAUGCCAAUGAUCAUAAAGAAUAAACCGGGGGCAUUUGAUGAUCCCAUUCCUCCGGGCACCCUGGCACAAGCCGGCACAUUUACCGUUGCAACAUCACGCGCGUGGGACACAAAGGCGUUACUGGGUGCUUGGUGGGUAAAAGCUGAGCAAGUGUCGAGGACGACCGCUACCGGAGAGUAUUUGCCGACCAGCGUUGUGAUUAGCGGAGAAAAGAACCAUUUAGCACCGGGCCAGCUUAUACUUGGAUUCGCGGUGCUAUUUCAGAUUAGUCCGGAGAGUGUAGCGAACCAUCGGCGACAUCGGCUGGAGGAAUCCGGCUCGCCUCAAAUCGCGGUUGAAAGUGAAGAUGGAAAAGAUCCCCAGCCACCUUCGGAACGCGAAGUUUUAGAGCAUGACGAGGAUAAAGGAGGGGAAUUAGAAGAAAAGGGGGAACCGAGUGAAGCCGCUUCGAGUCUUCAUCCUCAGAACGAUGAGCAUGGUGACCUCAAUGAUUCGACGCCGCUUAUGAAUGAACCGCAAGGUGAAGUGGAUCAAUCUAGUGAAGAUGAAUAUGAUUCAGCGGACCCUGCCUAUCAGCAACAACCAGAAGCUUCAGACACAGCAACAAAGGAUUUCUCACAUGCGAGAAGCCCAAGCAUAAGGGAGGAGGGCGAAUCGGUACCGUCUACGUCCCAGCCAUCUCGAACAUCAACUCCAUCCAUCCAAUCAAGCUCAACACCAAAGAGCCAGCAACAAGUGCGCGGAAAACGCGGCAAGGCCAAAAAGCUCGCAUCAAAAUAUAAAGACCAGGAUGAGGAAGACCGAGAGUUAGCUCUCCGUCUACUCGGCUCCGCGCCGAAAGCCGAUGCUCCGAAAAAGACUAGGGAAAGCCGUGAAGCGGAACUACAAGCGCAAAAGGAACGUCGUCGGGCUCAACACCAUAAAGCUGCACAGGCCGAGCGACAACGACAAGAAAAUUUUCACCGACGGCAACAGGAAGGCUUAGACACGGGAUAUGCAGGGAAGAUAGUGAACGACUUGUCGGUUUUGCCAACACUGGUCGGGGCGCCUGUAGUCGGAGACGAAAUCAUCAGCGCCAUUCCUGUGUGUGCGCCAUGGACGGCGGUUGGACAGUGUAAAUACCGGGCGAAGCUGCAGCCCGGCCCAACCGGCAAGGGGAAGGUAGUCAGAGAAGUGCUAGGGCGAUGGGUCACGGGCGCCUCGGCGGCUGUUAAAGCACAGAAGCCCUCUGCAGGGGAGAUAUUGAAGCUACAGGAGGAGCGAGAUCCCGAGGAGGCCAAAUCCAGCGAGGAUGCGGAAAUGAGCUUGACAAUGAUGGAAGUAGAAUUACUCAAAGGUUGGAGGGGAGCGGAAGUCAUCAAUACGAUACCUACUGGCAAAAUUAGGAUCGUAUCUGUCGCUGGGGCGGGCGGGAGUGUUGCCAGCGUGGAUGAUGGGAAAGCAAAGGGGAAAAAGGCUGGCGCAGGAGCCGGAAAGGCAGGGAAAGGGGCUGCUAAGGGCGGCAAAAAACGAUGA